AUGGCGCCGUCUCUGCUAGGCCUGUACACCGGGGGCAGCGGCCGGGGCAGGAGGGUCCACGCCAGUAGCGGUGGCCGCCGGUCUGCUGCGGCGGUGAAGCAGCUGCUGUCGAGGUUGAGGCGCUCUUGGAUGAGACGCGUGGCGCGGCCGAGGCGAAGCGCGGUCAGGUUCGGGUAUGACCUGCAUAGCUACUACCAGAACUUCGACGAUGGCAUUGCCUCCUCCGGCCACCACCGCUUGUAG